AUGAACCAAUCACGCCCGUUUCGCAAACCACCGGACGUGGAAGAAGCGCUAUCCUCUAUGCUAUGGACACCGUACGACAAUAACGCCUCCGACUCAGAUUCCUCGCUCGAUGAUGGACCUUCGUCGUUGAUUGACCGCCUCGCUCUGACCCCAGGGAGAUACAAUAACAGCGGUAUCGCCUCCGCCAACAACAACCAUCUCCAAGCGACGUCAAUAAAGCGAAGCUUUUCCGAGUGGAACUAUCGCAGCUACGACGAUGGCACCAAAGCUGGAUCCCUUCAUCCCCACGUCAGUGCGGCCAGCAAUCGCUACAGCUAUCCGUACUAUGGCUUCCAUCCGACUGCGGCGGCGGGUGUCAAUGGUUAUUGGAAUAGUAAUAAUAUUCACCCUAAUGGCUAUCCAACAGCACCUACGAAUGCAACGGCUACGACGACAACCAUUUAUCCGGUUCUGCCACCCCUCGAUUGGAAGCAAAUCCGCUCAACGGCAACCGGAAUCUAUCAACCACCGGCUGCGCCGAUGUCACCGACGAUGGUGGUUCCUGCGAUGACCGCCACCACUGCCACCCCGUUACUUCCGUUCAGUUUACUCGGCGUGGACUCAAUCCCACUGGGUGGCGGCAUCGGGCCAACGACGCUGACGCUUCCUUCUGCAGCUUAUGGCUUCUGCGAGGAUGAUCUGAUUAACUCCAACAUGAUGAUUGGCGUCAACGACACCUUCGGCGAUUAUCAGGUUUAUCCCAUUACACCGGCCGUGCAUGUUGGUGCUGCUGGUGGUGGUGUUGCCUACCUGAGCCACCCGAGCAACAUAAGACAUCAACAACCGUCGAGCAUGUCUUCGUCGUCCUCUGCCGCAUCAGGUUACGGCCUGUCCAACGAUGGAAACAACAAUUCCAGCAACGUGACCGAAAGCGACUACCACUAUGACAAUAAUAACAGUCUGUGCAGAAUUUCCGCAAUGCUUAAGCCAGUCAUGCGCAGCACCAGCUCACACAGCGGCAACGUCGGAGACCUACAUUCGUCAAAAGAUCAACAGCGACCGCAGCAUAGCAGCAUAGAGAAUGCAACUGGUUCAUGUUCCGCCAUCACCGGCGGUGCGGCGACGAAUGAAUCCUAUGUUGGAUGCAGUUCGGAUGAACGUCCAAAGCGGAAUGGGCAAAGCAUAAGUCCGUUUAACGGCUACCACCACGUCCACAUGGCGGGUGGCUGUGAGGGUGAAGCAGCUGACGAUGAACGCUGCGAUGGAAGGGACUGCCGAGCGGCCGCGACUGGAUUCGAUCGUGAUGCGUUUAGUAGUGUGCGGAUAGUGAACGGAGAAACAUACGCGUGCGGUGAUCUUUUCGCGUCGGAACGUCGUUUGUUCGCUGCGACCGAGCGACAGACGAUCGAGCGGGUUUCUAGUUCUAGUGAUAACAACAGUGCCCCCAAUAGCAACACUCGCGGAUCAAGUUGGACCUUGGAUAAUUUGCGUGGGAUUGGUCGCAGCGUUCGGGAUCGGUUCGUCGAAAUCAUGCGGCUGAACGUGCCAGCGGCCCCCGAGGGCAGCCGGACCAGUGUUUACAUUCCGUCCUCCGAAGCGACGGCCUUGGUUACGGAUAGUGCAAUGUCUCACGGCGAGGGUGGACCUCGACCUACCUUAACCAUUCAAGUGAAUUGUGUCGAUACUAAUAAUGAGGUGCAGAAUGAUGUUGUAAAUAAUGUUUCAUCUGGAGUGAGCAUCGUGAAUUGCUAUCGAGAAACGCCCAGAAAUUCAGUCGAAUGUUUCAGUGAUAAAGAUAGUGCAGAAGCUGCUAUGGAAGGUCAAUUCUACUCCAGUGAUGUUAACAGUGCUAGUUUGAAUCCUACGGUUGUCGAUAAAAAUCAUGUAAAUAUCAGUGCAAAUGCAGAGCAAAUGGUUCAUGUUUCUAACACAGUAGUGCAAGGUGGUUCCAACGAUCCCAAUCUGAUCGAGCAUAGUUAUGACAAGAAGAGUAGUGCUGCCCAUCAAACUUCCCCACAGCUAACGGAUAUAGACCGGAUCGAACCGGCCAACAAUCGUACCUACACUUCAACGGAAGCCCAAACGGAUGAUCCUCCGAUUCCGAUCGGUCACGAAGUGGUGCCCCCUUACGUUCAUCAGAGUCCGAUGAUGCCGCCACCGCUACUCCUUUCGCCCCCGCCAGGAUCGGAGUUCAGUACCCGUGAGCAUCGCCGUCGCGAGCGUCGUGAGCGGCGUCAGGCGCGCAACCGGAUGCAACAUGUGCACCCGAUGGACCAACCGCCACCGCCGCCGUCAACCAUGCUCAGACCGCCGCCACCUCCGCCAACCAUGCUCAGACCGCCGCCGAUCGAAAUCAUUCCGGACAUACUGCACAGCCAUCUGCCGCCGCCGUACACGACCCUGCCGAUGGGGGCCACGGUGCUGCCGGCACCGGCCGCAAUCUUGCCAGCCGUGGUCCACCCGGCAGUGGCCGUCCAUCAGCGGGCUGCGGGGCCGGUCGGUGCGGAGGACUGCCGAUACUCGUUCCCGAUCCCGAUUAUGAGAAGCUCCCCAUCGGAACGUUCCCGGAAGGGCUGCUGCGGCCAUUGGUUCGCCGGGCCACCACUGCGGGCGCUCAUCGCAGUGGUGGCCCUGGGCGGUGUGGCGUGCGCCCUCGGGGGCGCAGCACUUGGCGCGACGGGACUUGCCGGGUCACCUACCUCACAUCUGACGGCGGCCUUACUUAUGAUUGGUGUUGGAGUAAUUCUUGUGACCGUGAGCGGUGCUGCCUGGCGGAUGACGGCUCCCGGAGCGCCACCCUGCCUGGGGCUUGGUUCCACCGUGGAUCUGGGACGGUGCUCGCGGAGGCCUUGCGGACGGAGCGGUAGCACACCGCACGGGUUGCUGUAUCCGGAAUUCCAGCAUCGGCCACCACCACCUUCCUACCAGGCCAGCAUGCAGGAGUACAGAUUAAGGCUUCUUCUACUGGAUAGAGAUCGUCAAUCUGGGAGAAUACGUAGCACGGCGUCGCCUCCACCAACCUAUCGUUCCAACGUCGGGAGUCUAUUGAGAAUCCCACUCACCUCGCGGUACAACUCCAGCCAUGCCAACGGUGCCACAAGCGGUGGCAGCAGCACCAGCAUAUUCGGUGGCAUCAGUGGCAUAAUCAGCGGAGCCAUGGGCAGCAGCACCACCAGCAUCAACGGAAUAACCACCCAGCCGCAGCCGACUGCCUCCGCCACUGCUGCGGAUCGGUCGACGCCGACUACGUCGCUGCUGUCGGACCCAGCUGGUGCACCGCCGCCAACUUAUCGCACCAUUGACCGCAGAAAUUCAUCAACGUCGAUACCGUCGUCGUUGGCGGCCGGGAUAACUACAGCCGCCCCCACGGGUGACCAUCAGGUGCAGGUUCAGAGGGCAACGUCAUCAACGACGGCGACGACGACACCAACUGAUGACAGCACCGGCGCCAUCGUUGAGGGCGGUGUCAGUCUCAUAAACGACGAUAGCACUGGGCCGGCGAGGACCGGAACAGGUGCCGGAAGUGCGCCUUCGAUUAUUAAAAUAGACAACGGUAAAUCAACAGCUGACACCACCGUUGGACCAACGUCCGACCCAGCGCCACCACAUAGACAACGAAAUUCAAUUACAAACGAAAUAAUUGAAAACGAUAGUAAUAGAGCCGACGUCGAAAACGUCGCAAACAAGGACUUAGUUACGAUUGUUACCAUUUCCGGCACGCUGGAGCAGAAACAGCAACAACAAAAGAAGCAAAAGCAACCGAAUCUGAAUAAAUCCGCGGUCGAUGGUUCCGCCGGCAGCAAUGCAGCCAUCAGUAAAACCGGUAGAAAAAGCAAAACCAGUGACCACGCUGGCCCUGUAGCGCCGCCGGGGAAGUUAUAGUCAACGGGGUCAUUGCGGUGGGAUGAAAAUUUGACCGUACCGCUGCUGCUGCCGUCGCUGCCGGGAGACCACUACUAGACUGACCCCAAAAAUUAGAGGCUUGAUGUUUUCUGCAAAGCGUUUCCUAAUUUGUUUAUCCUUCAGAAUGAUUGAUCAAAAUAAAGUUCACGUCAACACUAAAUUUUACAUUAUCUGAAUAGUUCAUUCAAACCAAAGGAACACUUUAAGUAUCGUAAAUAAACUAGCUUACGCCGAAAACAGUUUACAGUCCUUGUGUAAAGUAUUGAAAACGGACGCUGCAGAAACAUUGAGUUCCAUAUUGUACUAGCAAAAAAACAAAAAUCUGGGUCAGUCUAGUAACCAACCCGGUGUCAGGUUGCUUUUGCCGAACGAA